CUUCUUCCUUUGUUUUCCCUUUGAUCGGAAAAAUUUCGGAUGCUCAUAAAUUUCAAUUUUUACGAAAAUGAUUUCGCAGAAGUUAAGCAACGUCGAUGUUCAUAUAGUGUAUUUGGGGGAGAAGCAACAUGAUGCUCCUGAGUUUGUCACAGAAUCUCAUCACCAGAUGUUAUUGUCACUUCUUGGAAGUAAAGUGGAUGCUCAUGAAUCAAUGGUGUACAGUUACCGACAUGGCUUUUCUGGCUUUUCUGCCAAGCUUACCGAGUCACAGGCCAAGAAACUUGCUGAUUCACCUGAAGUUGUUCAUGUCAUGGCGGAUAGUUUCUAUGAACUCGCGACAACUCGGACUUGGGAUUACUUAGGUCUUUCUGUUGCCAAUCCGAAUAAUCUCCUAAAUGAUACAAACAUGGGUGACCAAGUUAUCAUUGGCUUUAUUGACACAGGAGUGUGGCCAGAGUCUGAAUCGUUUAAUGACAAUGGUGUGGGACCAAUACCAAGGAAAUGGAAAGGAGGGUGUGAACCAGGAGAAAAGUUCAAAUCAACAAAUUGCAACAGAAAGCUCAUAGGAGCCAAGUACUUUAUCAAUGGGUUUCUUGCUGAAAACGAAGGAUUCAACACCUCAGAAUCACGUGACUACAUUUCCGCUAGAGACUUUAUUGGACAUGGCACACACACAGUCUCAAUUGCAGGUGGUUCAUUUGUUCCUAACAUAAGCUACAAAGGACUCGCUGGAGGAAACUUGAGAGGUGGUGCACCGCGUGCUCGCAUAGCAAUAUACAAGGCUUGUUGGUAUGUGGAUCAGCUAGGCGUAGUGGCUUGUUCAUCGUCUGACAUCUUGAAAGCAAUGGAUGAAGCUAUGCACGAUGGUGUUGAUGUUUUAUCACUCUCUCUCGGCGCUCAAAUUCCUCUGUAUCCUGAAACCGAUCUGCGUGAUAGGAUUGCUACUGGAGCGUUCCAUGCAGUAGCAAAGGGCAUCAUAGUUGUUUGUGCAGGUGGGAACUCUGGCCCAGCGGCUCAGACCGUUUUAAACACUGCUCCUUGGAUCUUAACAGUGGCUGCAACCACUUUGGACCGGUCCUUUCCCACACCUAUUACACUUGGGAACCGCAAAGUGAUACUGGGUCAGGCACUGUAUACUGGUCAAGAACUUGGCUUCACCAGUUUGGUUUACCCAGAGAAUCCAGGGAACACCAAUGAGACUUUUAGCGGUGUCUGCGAGUCCCUUAAUCUCAACCCAAACCGUACAAUGGCAGGGAAAGUUGUGUUGUGUUUCACAACAAACACACUCUUUACUGCUGUAUCGAGAGCUGCCUCUUAUGUGAAGACAGCCGGUGGUCUUGGCGUUAUCAUCGCAAGAAAUCCAGGUUACAAUCUCACUCCAUGUAGAGAUGAUUUCCCCUGUGUAGCCAUUGAUUACGAGCUCGGGACAGAUAUACUUCUCUACAUACGCUCCACAGGAUCACCUGUUGUGAAGAUACAACCUUCUAGAACACUCGUUGGACAACCUGUGGGGACAAAGGUGGCAACUUUCUCAUCAAGAGGACCUAACUCGAUUUCCCCAGCGAUUCUCAAACCUGACAUAGGGGUACCGGGAGUGAGCAUAUUAGCUGCUACAUCUCCCGAUUCCAAUUCCAGUGUUGGGGGAUAUGAUAUUCUUUCAGGAACAUCGAUGGCGGCUCCAGUUGUUGCAGGAGUUGUUGCACUUCUUAAAGCUUCGCAUCCUAAUUGGUCGCCUGCUGCCUUUAGAUCAGCUAUUGUCACUACAGCAUGGAGAACAGAUCCAUUCGGAGAGCAUAUUUUUGCAGAAGGGUCAUCUCGCAAAGUAGCUGAUCCGUUUGAUUACGGUGGAGGCAUUGUGAACGCCGAGAAUGCAGCAGAACCAGGUCUCAUCUACGACAUGGGCACACAAGACUACAUUCUCUACUUAUGCUCUGCUGGUUACAACGACUCAUCUAUCUCUCAGCUUGUCGGUAAAGUAACAGUCUGCUCAAACCCCAAACCUUCCGUUCUUGAUGUCAAUUUGCCUUCAAUCACCAUCCCAAACCUCAAAGACGAAGUCACUCUCACCAGAACUGUCACUAACGUCGGACCGGUCGACUCUGUCUACAAGGUCGUGGUCGAGCCUCCGCUUGGGAUUCGAGCGGUUGUGACACCGGAGACACUAGUGUUUAACUCCAAAACCAAAAGUGUCUCCUUCACGGUUCGUGUCUCAACUACACACAAAAUCAACACUGGAUUCUACUUUGGAAACUUGAUAUGGACAGAUUCUAUACAUAAUGUGACUAUCCCUGUAUCAUCAGUUCUUGUGGUGCUAAGUCUGAUAAUAGUUUUGAAUGUCGCACGAGCUAGUGCUAAGAGCAAGGUUCAUAUAGUGUAUCUGGGUGAGAAGCAGCAUGAUGAUCCUGAAUUUGUCACAGAAUCUCAUCACCAGAUGUUGUCUUCACUUCUUGGAAGUAAAGACAAUGCCCAUGAGUCAAUGGUGUAUAGUUAUCGACAUGGAUUUUCAGGCUUUGCGGCCAAACUCACCAAGUCCCAAGCCAAGAAAAUCGCCGAUUCUCCUGAAGUUAUUCAUGUCAUACCGGAUGGUUACUAUGAACUUGCAACAACGCGGACUUGGGACUACUUAGGUCUUUCUGCUGAUAAUUCGAAGAAUCUCUUAAAUGAUACAAACAUGGGUGAUCAAACUAUCAUUGGCGUUAUUGACACAGGAGUGUGGCCAGAGUCUGAAUCAUUUAACGACAAUGGGGUCGGACCAAUACCGAGCCAUUGGAAAGGAGGUUGCGAACCAGGAGAAAACUUCAGUUCAAUAAAUUGCAACAGAAAGCUCAUAGGAGCCAAGUACUUUAUCAACGGAUUUCUUGCUGAAAACCAAGGAUUCAACACCACAGAAUCCCCUGACUAUAUUUCCGCUAGAGACUUUGAUGGCCAUGGCACGCAUGUCGCCUCCACUGUAGGUGGUUCAUUUGUUCCUAAUGUAAGCUACAAAGGCCUUGCCAAAGGAACCUUGAGAGGUGGUGCACCUCGUGCUCGCAUAGCAAUGUACAAGGCUUGUUGGUAUCUAAACGAGCUAGACGGAGUGACUUGUUCAUUUUCUGACAUCAUGAAAGCAAUUGACGAAGCUAUACAUGAUGGUGUUGAUGUUUUGUCACUCUCUCUCGGUGGUCGAAUUCCUCUGAAUUCUGAAACCGACCUACGUGAUGGGAUUGCUACUGGAGCAUUCCAUGCAGUCGCAAAGGGCAUUGUAGUUGUCUGUGCAGGUGGUAAUGCUGGCCCAGCAUCUCAGACUGUGGUAAACACGGCUCCUUGGAUUGUGACUGUAGCUGCAACCACUCUAGACCGGUCCUUUGCUACACCUAUAAUACUUGGGAACAAUCAAGUGAUAUUGGGUCAAGCAAUGUACACAGGUCCGGAACUUGGCUUCACUAGUUUGGUUUACCCCGAGGAUCCAGGGAACAGUUAUGACACUUUUAGCGGUGUGUGUGAGUCCCUUAAUCUCAACCCUAACCAUACAAUGGCGGGAAGAGUUGUAUUGUGUUUCACAACAGCAAGAGAUUACGCUGUUGUAUCCAGAGCUGCGUCUUUUGUGAAGGCAGCCGGUGGUCUUGGACUGAUCAUCGCAAGAAACCCGGGGUACAAUCUCGCUCCAUGUAGUGAUGAUUUUCCCUGUGUAGCCAUUGACUAUGAGCUUGGGACCGAUAUACUUUUCUACAUACGUUAUACUGGGUAUGAAACUAUGAAUUAUGAUCUUACUUCUUACAGUAGCACAUGCUCAGUUGUUUCAUUCCCUUCCAAGAAACACGUAAUCAUAAGAAAAAAGAUUACAUACAGAUCACCUGUUGUGAAGAUACAACCUUCUAGAACACUCGUGGGAGAACCUGUUGGGACAAAGGUAGCAACUUUCUCAUCAAGAGGGCCUAACUCGAUUUCCCCAGCGAUUCUAAAACCUGAUAUAGCAGCACCAGGAGUGAGCAUUUUAGCUGCUACAUCUCCCAAUGAAACCCUCAACGCCGGUGGAUUUGUUAUGCUUUCAGGAACAUCAAUGGCGGCACCAGUUAUCUCAGGAGUUAUUGCACUUCUCAAGUCUUUGCAUCCUGAUUGGUCUCCUGCUGCUUUUAGAUCAGCCAUUGUCACUACAGCUUGGAGAACAGAUCCAUUCGGAGAGCAGAUUUUUGCGGAAGGGUCAUCUCGAGAUCCGUUUGAUUAUGGGGGAGGCCUCGUGAACCCAGAGAAAGCUGCAGAACCAGGUCUCAUAUACGAUAUGGGUCCGCAAGACUACAUUCUCUACUUAUGUUCUGUCGGUUACAACGAAUCAUCUAUCUCUCUGCUUGUCGGUAAAGUAACAGUCUGUUCAAACCCCAAACCUUCCGUUCUUGAUGUCAAUUUGCCUUCAAUCACCAUCCCAAACCUUAAUGACGAGGUCACUCUCACCAGAACCGUCACUAAUGUUGGACCAGUCGACUCUGUCUACAAGGUUGUGGUCGAGCCUCCGCUUGGGAUUCGAGUGGUGGUGACACCGGAGACACUAGUGUUCAACUCCAAAUCCAAAAGUGUCUCAUUCACGGUUCUUGUCUCGACCACACACAGAAUCAACACUAGAUACUUCUUUGGUAGCUUGACUUGGUCUGACUCUGUCCAUAAUGUUGUCAUUCCUGUAUCUGUUCAUAUAGUGUAUCUCGGCGAGAAGCAGAAUCAUGAUCCUGAGUUUGUCACAGAAUCUCAUCACCAAAUGCUUGUGUCACUUCUUGGAAGUAAAAAGGAUGCUGAUGACUCAAUGGUGUAUAGUUACCGACAUGGCUUUUCAGGUUUUGCGGCCAAGCUCACCAAGUCCCAAGCCAAAAAAAUCGCUGAUUUACCUGAAGUUGUUCAUGUCAUACCGGAUGGUUUCCAUGAACUCGCGACAACACGGACAUGGGACUACGUAGGCCUUUCUGCUGCCAAUCCAAAGAAUCUCCUAAAUGAUACAAACAUGGGUGACCAAGUUAUCAUUGGCGUUAUUGACACAGGAGUGUGGCCAGAGUCUGAAUCAUUUAAUGACAAUGGGGUUGGACCAAUACCAAGGCAAUGGAAAGGAGGCUGUGAAUCAGGAGAAAACUUUAGAUCAACAAAUUGCAACCGAAAGCUCAUAGGAGCCAAGUACUUUAUCAACGGGUUUCUUGCUCAAAACAAAGGAUUCAACUCCACAAAAUCCCCUGACUACAUUUCCGCUAGAGACUUUGAUGGCCAUGGCACACACGUCGCCUCCAUUGCGGGUGGUUCAUUUGUUCCCAACGUAAGCUAUAAAGGCCUUGCUGGAGGAACCUUGAGAGGUGGUGCACCUCGUGCUCGCAUAGCAAUGUACAAGGCUUGUUGGUAUCUAGACGAGCUAAACGGACUGACUUGUUCAAAUUCUGACAUCAUGAAAGCAAUUGAUGAAGCUAUGCAUGAUGGUGUUGAUGUUUUGUCAAUCUCUCUUGUUGGUCAAGUUCCUCUGAAUUCUGAAACCGAUCUACGUGAUGGGUUUGCAACUGGAUUAUUCCAUGCUGUGGCAAAAGGCAUUGUAGUUGUUUGUGCAGGUGGUAACGAUGGCCCAGCAGCUCAGACUGUGGUAAACAUAGCUCCUUGGAUCAUAACAGUGGCUGCAACCACUCUAGACCGGUCUUUUCCCACUCCUAUUACACUUGGGAACAAUAAAGUGAUCUUGGGCCAAGCAACGUACACAGGUCCGGAACUUGGCUUAACUAGUUUGGUUUACCCAGAGGAUGCAAGGAACAGUAACGAGACCUUUAGCGGUGUGUGUGAGUCCCUUAAUCUCAACCCUAACCUUACAAUGGCCGGGAAAGUUGUCUUGUGUUUCACAACCUCAAGAACUAACGCUGCAAUAUAUAGAGCUGCAUCUUUUGUGAAGGCAGCUGGUGGUCUUGGCUUGAUCAUCUCAAGAAACCCGGCGUUCACUCUCGCGUCAUGUAACGAUGAUUUCCCAUGUGUUGCCAUUGACUACGAGCUCGGGACCGAUAUACUUUCUUACAUACGAUCCACGAGAUCACCUGUUGUGAAGAUACAACCUUCUACAACACUCUCUGGACAACCAGUUGGGACAAAGGUGGUAAACUUCUCAUCAAGAGGACCUAACUCGAUGUCCCCGGCUAUUCUAAAACCCGACAUAGCAGCACCAGGAGUAAGGAUAUUAGCUGCUACAUCUCCCAAUGACACCUUAAAGUCCGGUGGAUUUGCUAUGCUUUCAGGAACAUCGAUGGCGACUCCAGUUAUCUCAGGAGUUAUUGCACUUCUCAAAGCUUUGCAUCCUGAUUGGUCUCCUGCUGCUUUUAGAUCAGCCAUUGUCACUACAGCUUGGAGAACAGAACCAUUUGGAGAACAGAUUUUUGCAGAAGGAUCCAAAGUAGCUGAUCCGUUUGAUUAUGGUGGAGGGCUUGUAAACCCAGAGAAAGCUGCAGAACCCGGUCUCAUAUACGACAUGGGUCCGCAAGACUACAUUCUCUACUUAUGUUCUGCCGGUUACAACGAGUCAUCAAUCUCUCAGCUUGUGGGUCAAGUAACUGUCUGCUCAAACCCCAAACCUUCCGUUCUUGAUGUCAAUUUGCCUUCAAUCACCAUUCCAAACCUCAAAGACGAGGUCAAUCUCACCAGAACCGUCACUAACGUUGGACCAUUCGACUCGGUUUACAAAGUCGUUGUCGACCCUCCGCUUGGGGUUAGAGUGGUUGUGACACCUGAGACACUAGUGUUUAACUCCAAAACCAAAAGUGUCUCCUUCACGGUUCAUGUCUCGACCACACACAAAAUCAACACUGGAUACUACUUUGGUAGCUUGACUUGGACUGAUUCUGUCCAUAAUGUGGUCAUUCCUCUGUCUGUGAGAACGCAGAUUCUGCAAAACUACUAUGAUGAGAACUGAUUAUUGAUGGAUCUUUAUGUGUUUGUGCGAAUAAAGUCAAAGGUGAUUU